GUAGAAACUGCAGUUUCACUGGCAUGUGAAAAUCGGCAGAGCCGCCAACAUGUCUUUCAGACUCCCGAUAAGGAUGACCUUCUGGCAAAUCGGAACCAGGCCUCCAUAAAAUUGCUAAUCCUACACACUCAACACCAAUCACACCAACUUGAACAAUCUACUUGCGAUGACACAAAGACACGUAAAAGUGCACAAACUCUGCGUCAUCGGAUUGCCUUCGAAGAGGAACUGGCCAGCUUGCGAGCUGCCCAACGCGAGUCCAGCAGGAAUGGCCCAAAGGGGACUGAUCCGAUGGUCGUCUGGGAGACAACGUCUAAGCUGCAGCCGCACAAUCAGCAACAAAUUGACCGCCGUGCCUAUUUGGAACGAAUGGAUCAAGAGGCUUCUGGUGACUCGAGCAGAGCCACCGUUCUAGCAAAUAACAGCGAUUCAGCGCUCUCAGUGCCAAAGGAUACCGUGAGUUGUCGAUAUGAAUAA